GAUAUGAGAAUUACGAUAAACAAACGGGAAUUAAUACUCAUAGGGUUGGGCUCAGUGUUCAUCAUUGUGGGCAUCAUAUGCCUGAUAACUGUGCCAAUAAUUGUCAUGAAAAUCAUUAAUAAGAAACUACAAUUAGAGCCCAACACUGAGACCCAGAAGCAAUGGCGUGACAUACAGACACCCAUAUAUCAGAAAUAUUAUUUUUUCAAUGUAACCAACGGAGCCGAUAUCGAGCGAUUGGGUGCCAAACCGGUGGUCACCGAAAUGGGACCGUACACCUACCGUACCAAAUGGAGGAAAACCCAAUUGGUUUAUCACAAUAACGGAACAGUUAGCUAUCGUGAAAAAAAGGUCUACUAUUUUGUACGGCAGAUGAGCAUCGGUAACGAAUCGGAUAUAGUAACCUCAUUGAACGGACCGCUAGCGGUUACGUUGAGUCUACUGCAAAAUGCACCGGCAGCCGUACGUGUAGUGGUCGGACUGGCAUUGGACGCGGUUACCGAAGGUUUUUUCAUACGGCGAUCAGUCAGACAAUUGCUGUACGAUGGCUAUCCCGAUUUGUUGACCACAUUUGGACCGAUGUUGAAUCCGAAAAUUCCGAGUACCAAUGCCGGCCGAUUCGGUUGGCUAAUCAACCGGAACGGCAGCGACGACGGCGAGUAUACGGUGUUUACCGGUCGCGAUAGUAUAGAUCGGCUAAAUAUUAUCGACCGGUUCAAAGGACUGAGGGAACUGGACUACUAUCGUAAUAAUAGUGAAUGCAAUUCAUUCGCCGACAGUACCAAUGGUCAGUUAUAUCCGCCGAUCGGCGACCAAUCGAAAGAGUUGUUUCUGUUUUCGCCCGAUUUUUGCCGCCGUAUUCGUCUACACUAUCAGCGAGAACUGGAUAAAUACGGUAUCACUGUCUAUAGGUAUACACCCGAUAGUACAACGUUUCUCAAUGCCGACGAUCAUCCGCCAAACUCGUGCUACAUAAGCCGAUUGCCGGCCACAUCCAAUCCGUCGCUGUUCGGCAUUGGCCGAACUCAGACAGAUUAUGCCAAAAAACAACGAAAACUACGGUUCCUGUCCGGUGUUUUCGAUAUGAGUGGCUGUAAAUAUGGUGCACCAGUUAUCAUGUCGUAUCCGCAUUUCCUCGAUGCUCAUCCACUGUACACCCGUAGUAUUGAUGGACUAAAACCCGAUCCGAAAAAACAUAAAUUUUUCGUCGAUGUCGAACCGACUACUGGUGCCAGUCUAGGCGGUAGUGUACGCGUACAGAUUAACAUAUUCAUUAACAAACCUCCGGGAAUGUUUCGCUAUCGUAACGUUCCCGACAUAGUGUUCCCAGUUUUCUGGCAGGAACUAUCGUCAAACAUUACUACCGAUCUAACCGAUCGUUUGAAAUUUGCGCUCAAAAUGCCCGGCCUAAUGACUACCAUUUCCUCGGCUUCAAUGCUAACCAUUGGUUUUAUUGCGAUAUUAGUAGCCGUUAUGUUUCCGCUAUAUAAACACUAUGUUAAACAUUCACAAACUAAAGAGUCCGGAAGUGUUGUUUAUACAGAUAAAAGUACUGCCAAUUCACAGGUUGACAUUAACAAAAUUAUUACUGAACCCAAUGGCAAAACAGUUUUAACUGAAACCAAUGGUAUCGACAACAAGGGUCUGGACGCCAGCUAAUCAAUUGCUACAAUUUAAUUGCUGUGAUAUUUAUAUAUAUAUAUAUG